GGCUCCUUCCGGCCGGGGCCGCCCUGCGUGGGCAGCAGCAGCGGCACCGCCCCGGCAGCGAGGCGAGGCGAGCGGCCUCAUGAGGGGAGAGCGGCCAUGAGGCCGGCGCAGCGCUCCCGCCACGAGACCCUGGCUCUGCGGCAGCAGCUCAUCGGCUCUUCUUGCAAGCUGUUUUUUUCUCAUGAUCCAGUGAAGAUUGUGAAGGCCAAAGGCCAGUACAUGUAUGACGAGAACGGAAGACAAUACCUUGACUGCAUAAACAACGUUGCUCAUGUUGGACAUUGUCACCCUGAUGUUGUAAAAGCAGCCCACGAGCAAAAUCAACUGCUAAAUACAAAUUCUCGUUAUCUUCACGACAACUUGGUUGAUUAUGCAAAGAGGCUCUCAGAAACACUACCCGAAAAGUUGUGCACCUUCUAUUUCUUGAAUUCUGGAUCUGAAGCUAAUGAUCUUGCUCUAAGAAUGGCACGGCAGUAUACAAAACAUGAAGAUGUUAUAGUUUUAGACCAUGCUUACCAUGGACACCUGACAUCCCUGAUUGACAUAAGCCCAUAUAAAUUCCGAAAUCUAGAAGGACAAAAGGAAUGGGUCCAUGUGGCUCCUGUUCCAGACACCUACAGAGGACUGUACAGAGAGGACCAUGAAGAUUCGGUAACAGCCUAUGCUAAUGAAGUGGAAAAUAUUAUUGAGCAAGCACAUAAGAAAGGCAGAAAGAUUGCUGCAUUUUUUGCUGAAUCCCUGCCAAGCGUUGGUGGUCAAAUCAUUCCACCAGCAGGCUAUUUUCAGAAGGUUGCAGAGCAUGUGCGCAAGGCAGGCGGUGUAUUUAUUGCUGAUGAAAUUCAAGUCGGCUUUGGCAGGGUUGGCAAGCACUUUUGGGCAUUCCAGCUUCAGGGAGAAGACUUUAUACCUGAUAUCAUCACUAUGGGGAAACCCAUAGGAAAUGGGCACCCACUUGCCUGUGUAGCAACAACAAAACAAAUUGCAGAAGCAUUUGCAGCCACAGGAGUGGAGUAUUUUAACACAUUUGGAGGAAACCCUGUUUCGUGUGCCAUCGGAUUAGCUGUUUUAGAUGUGAUAGAGAAGGAACACCUCCAGGCUCAUGCCACAGAAGUAGGCAACUUCUUGAUGAAGCUAUUCAAGGAGCUGAAAACCAAGCAUCCCAUCAUUGGUGAUGUCAGGGGUUCUGGCUUAUUCAUCGGAGUGGACUUGAUUAAAGAUCAAGCAGAAAGGACCCCAGCCACAGCAGAAGCAGAGUAUCUAAUAACAAGGCUUAAGGAAGAAUAUAUUCUACUGAGUACAGAUGGGCCAGGAAGAAAUGUACUUAAAUUCAAGCCCCCGAUGUGCUUCAAUAUGGAAGAUGCAAAACUUGUUGUGGACACAAUUGACAGGCUACUGACAGAUAUGGAAGAGCAACGUCUGAACCAGGACAAAACAGCCACUUGUUCUACCUAAGCAGGUUUCAAACAUUGUUCAAGAUCUACUACUAAGAAGUAUUAUUCUACCAUGAAAAUGCAUGUUUAAUCUUCAUCCUAGCAUGUCUUAGACCAGAUAAGUUAACCUUAAAUUUUUUUGUUAUCUUGCUAUUAAGUAAAAGCUUUAGGAGAAAUAAAUUUUAUAAGAGCUUGUUUCAACUGUG